CCAAAUUUAGGCCGUGUGUUUGUAGGCCUAUACAAUUGUUGUGGGCCGUACGUUGAUCGGGCCCAUUGUCCGUUCCAUUCGUCGGCUGGGCUAAACUUAUUUCCUUUCCUUCACCAUUGGGCCGUACGUUGAUCGGGCCCAUUCACCGGUUGGUGAUCGCGAGAUUAAGGAUGCUGUCUUCAGCAUUGGGGAGAUCAAAACUCCAGGCUCUGAUGGUUUUACAGGUACUUUCUUCCGAUCUUUUUGGCACAUUGUUGGUAACAGUGUCAUUGCAGCCAUUCGAUCUUUUUUUUCUACAGGUAAGUUAUUGCGAAAUAUGAAUCAUACUUGGCUUACUCUUAUUCCGAAGGUUGAGAAUGUGGAACAUGUUUCUCAAUUACGUCCCAUCAGUCUUUGUCAAUUCCUUUACAAAGUCAUAACUAAGAUUAUUUCUAAGCGAUUGGCCAUUGUUUUACCUUCAAUCGUUUCUCCAGAACAAAAUGGUUUUGUUCGGGAGCGACAGAUUGUGGGCAAUGUGUUAAUAGCUCAUGAGGUUAUGCAUUUUGUGAAGAAUAAAGGGCAAGGCCGUGAGAAAUUUAUGGCUCUUAAGCUUGAUAUGGAGAAAGCCUAUGACCGGAUCGAAUGGCCUUAUCUCUUUGCUCUUCUUCACAAAUUGGGUUUCUCUCCGAUCUGGAUUAAUUGGAUUCGUGAAUGUGUGACAACGGCUAUGUUCUCUGUGCUGGUUAAUGGUCAAUCUGCGGGAUAUUUCCCUUCUUCACGGGGGCUUCGACAGGGGGAUCCUUUAUCUCCCCUUUUGUUUGCUCUCUGUACUGAAGGCUUCACGGCUCUUAUCAAGGCUGCUAUUAUGAAUCAUCGUCUUCAUGGUGUUCGUAUGAACAGUAGAUGUCCUAUGGUUUCGCACCUUUUAUUUGCUGAUGAUUCUUUUCUUUUCCUAAGGGCUUCCCAAAGGGAUGACGUCAACCUUCUCUCUUUACUUCGUGAGUAUGAAAGCAUUAGUGGGCAGCGUGUUAACUUGAUGAAGUCUGCAGCCUUUUUCAGUCCUAAUAUGGUUCAAUCUGACCAAGAAGAUUUGGGGGAGUUCUUGGGCAUCGGUUCGAUAGGUUUACAGGAUCACUAUUUGGGAUUGCCUUCUUUAAUGGGGAGUUCAAAGAUAGACACCUUUAGGUAUGUGGAGGAAAAGUUAUUAUCUGUUUUAGCGGGUUGGAAGAACAGGUGUCUAUCUUCGGCCGGAAAGGAGGUUUUAUUGAAAUCGGUUGCUAUGGCCUUGCCUGUUUACGUUAUGUCCUGUUUUCGCCUUCCUCUUGAGUUGAUUCGACGAUUGAAUGCUCAUAUGGCUAGAUUUUGGUGGGGGGCGACAGAGGGACAUCGUCGCAUUCAUUGGCGUUCUUGGAAAUAUCUGUGUAUGAGUAAAUUUUAUGGUGGUUUGGGCUUCCGGGAAUUUGGCUGUUUCAAUCAAGCUUUGUUAGCUAAAGUAGCAUGGCGGAUUCUUAAGGAGCCAACUACUCUUCUUGCUCGAAUUUACCGGGGGCGUUACAACUUUGAUUCUAACAGGUUCCUUUCUGUUGCUCCUGGGAGUAAUCCUUCUUAUGGGUGGAGGAGUAUUUUAUUUGGAAGAGAUCUGCUUCAACAAGGCAUCCGGUGGCAGGUAGGGAAUGGUGAGUCUAUUAGAGCCUUCGAGGAUACUUGGCUUCCUACUAAUCCCCCUUCACGACCAUCUCCAAAGCCAGGUGCGCUGUCAAGUCAUCCUUUUGUCUCAGCUUUUAUUGAUCCAGGAUCCAAGCAAUGGAACUUGGCUGCUUUGAACUGUUUCUUUGAUAAUGCUUUAGUGGCUAUAAUCCGUCAGCUACCGCUUCCUCAACGACGUCUUGUGGAUGAUAUUAUUUGGCAUUAUGAGGCUAAUGGUCUGUUUUCAGUGAAAUCGGCUUAUCAUUUAGCUUUCUCUCAUCUACGACCUGUUCCACGGAAAACUGGGGUAUCAGUCAUUGAUUCGGUGUUAUGGAAAUGGGUUUGGACACGAAAACUUCCUCCAAAACUUCUAUUCUUCCUUUGGCAGUGCCUACAGCGGGUUCUUCCUACUCGAGAAGCUUUGGCGACGAGUGGAAUGGAUCUUCUCCCCGUGUGUACGGCUUGUGGACGACGAGAAGAAACUUUAGAACAUCUCUUUUUCUCUUGUCAUGUGGCUCGUAGGUUGUGGAGGAUCACUGGAUUCCAUUCUCGGUUACAGACUUGGAAGUUAGGAUCAUUUGCAGGCUUCAUCCGCCACUCCCUCUACAAUUACAAUGAACCUGAUGCUGAUUACUUCUCCUUACAGGUAGUGUGUCUUCUUUGGCGUUUGUGGAAAAACCGGUGCUCUGUUUUCUUUGAUCGUAAACAGGUACGAAUUGAAACGUUAGCAUCGCAAUGGAGACAUCAAGUAUCUGAAGCUGAUUUAGCAAUUCUUCAAUCGAAUCAUUCUGCUAGCGCUACUCUGGGUUCUAGUGCGAAUGGGGGUUUGAGUGUGCAUGUGGCAAAUGGGUUCCAAUAUGUAGUUACCUUCGAUGGGGCUACUCGUUUGGGUUUGCUGGGAACUUCAGCUUUUGUGAUCAAAGAUAGCUCAGGAUGUCUACUCUCAGCGCAAGCUCGGCAAUGGGAUGGUGUGAAUGAUGCGUUGGUGUUGGAGGCGCUUGCGUUGCGGGACGUUUUGCUUGAAUGUCAGAGGAGGAAUCUUCAUUCAGUGAGUGUGGCUAGGGAUGCGAAGAUCAUAAUUGACAAGUGUUAUGCCAGAGAUUUUCACCAUUCCAAAGUCGGUAUUCUUCUGAAGGAAAUAUGUUGCUUGUUGGAUGAUUUACCGGAUUACUCGCUAAGGUUCAUUGGUCGUUCUAACAACAGGGAAGCUCAUUCUGUGGCUCGUCAUGCCCUGUUCAUGUCGCCCCGUAUGUUUAAGGGGUUCGACUUCUUUUCUUGGUUACGAUGUAUGUAAGGAUCCUUUUGAAUCUUUUUCAGAUACUGUAUCUUUUUCAUUCCCCGCUUCUGGGGUUUUGAAUGACAAAAAAAAUAAAAGGCAAGGGAAAAUUCCAACCACUAGCAAAUUUGCAAAUUGAUUUUUAUUAGUUACGUCGCCUACUCGACCAAUACUUUAUAUCUUAAUUAUUGAGAACGGGAGGGGGAAUUAAUUAAAUAGUCAAAAGCAGAAGCUGCGGUUUCGUCGUGAUUUCUUCUGACCCGCUUAUGAUUUUGCAUUUGGACCUUAAUUCAGUCCUUGUUCACUUUCCUUAAUAAUAAUGAAUUCAUUAGUGGCUGCCUGCCCUUUUCUGAUUUCCCCAAAUCUAAACUAAACCACUCGUAAAUUAAACAAUUAACAAAUGAAUUAGUGGUUAUUGGUCCUAUUUAAAAGAAUUAAUUAGUGACAACGAACGGAGCAUUUCCCUCUCUUCAAACCAUCGAAGAGCCGUGUGAGUCUGGCUGGCGCCUUAAUACAGACAAAAUAGACUAGAGUCCACCAGUAGCGGUGGGCAAAUGGACUGUGUUCUCCGCCGUACGGUGAAUUUAGGGGCGGUUUGUUGACAUUGUCAUUAUACAUGUAUUGUUUACAAUGCAUUGUUUUUUUGUUUUUUAGCAGAAACAAUACAUGGAUGGUUUCUUUGAUGGGACAGAAACUAUCACUUAUUUUGAGUGAUUGUUAUAUCUCAAUUUUUAGUUGUGAUUGUUGAGAUUGUUGAGUUGAGAUUGUUUUGUCUCAGCUUUUAGCUGAUGCGACAUACACAAUCACACAUACCAAACGUUGUAUUCUACAAUGCAUCAAAUUCGACAAUACAUGUAUAAUAUUAUACAUGCAUUCUCAACAAUACAUCUAUUUAACAAUCGCAACUUCCAAACGACCCCUUAGAUUGAAAAAUUGGUUUCAGGUAAAUUUUAAAAUAAAAAUGAAUUAAUAAGUUCAAAUAAAGAUGGGGUUCAUGGGUGGGGUGGCUAUACGGUCCGGUCUCAAUCCGGUCUUUUCGGGAAUAUAAGGACCAAAGAUUGGAUUGGAUACAGUCCGGUCUUGACUCGGUUCGGUCCCAAUUUGAUCUUGAUUUUAGAUUGAGCUUUUGGGGAUUUGAAUGUUGGGGUCUCUUAUCCGGUUUUUUUACCUCAAAUCUAAGCCCGAAUAUGAGAUUGAAUUGUUUACUAUCCGGUCCCAGUCCGGUCCCGAUCUGGCUUAUAUAGUCCAGUUUCGAAUAAAAACAAACAGUCUGGACCAAAUAGCCAGGCCUUGUUUAUGGGUGCCACGCGAACGGGCCCACGGAACCAGGGCCACAGAUGAAGCCCAUUGAAGAAGAGGCCUUCGGAAGUCAAUUUCCCCGGGCGGGCCCAUAGAUUCCCACAUGUGGUUCCAAACUUCCAAUUUUGACCGCCAAAGUACAUCAUAAUAGGGAGAGAAACAAUGUAGUCCAUCCAUAAUAUUUCUCUAAAUUCUUUCUCUUUUUGGAUGAGUAUCACAGAUUCACAGUAAAUAGAAAAUACAAAAAAAAAAGGGAAGACAAUUCAAAAGGGAAGAAAAUUGAUAAUCUGAUUCUAUUUGACAUAUAAUCUGAGCGUGAAGUGUUAAUGAAAUUAAAGUUGAAUAAUUUCGAUGUCAAAAUAUGCAGAGCGGAUGAGAUUGCGCUACAAUUAAAAAGUUCAACUCAUUUUUCUUCUUCUUCAAUUUAAAUAUUGCUGAUACAAAAUGUAAAGACGAUUCGAGAUAUAAUAUGUGAAUUAAGAUAUAUCGCAUUUAUCGGAAAUGUAAGCGAGCUGCAACCGACCACCUUACUAACUAUCCAUCUCCCAUUUCAUUUGGAUUGUAAUCCAACCCCUUAGUAUUUGAAUAAAAAUAGGAUUUCAUU